AUGGAGCCGAGUGCUCGUGCGCUUGCUGCUUGUGCGGCGCAAGGGGGGGGGGGGCCUGGGCUGGAGAAUGUGGCAAUUCGCAGCUCCAGGGGAGGAGGGCGAGGCGUCACCUUUGGCUCGAGUCCUGCCCUUGCUAGCAAGCACUGCUAUCUUCAGUCUAAGAUGCCCGCGUUCUGGACCUCGCUUCCUUCCCAGGAUCUUGGUGGUCUGGUCCGCGGGCCACUUGUUCGGCCGGCGAAAGAUGAUUGA